CGGAGCCCUUUCUCUCAGCAAGUCCCCCCAGAUCAGGAGCUCUUGUCCCUUCUGGGCUGGAUCCUCAGUAAUUCUGUCUGGUAUUGUAGGACUGACCACAUGGAAGAGGCCAAUGGUCUUGCUAUUGUCCUCCAAGAUACAAGUUACCUGGAGAUCCGCAGAGUCGGCCGCUUCCAUCCGGACUCGCACCCGCCGCCCCAGCAGCUCCUAGGCUGCGCACUGACGUGCGGCCUAGUCCCGCGCUUAAAGCCGCGGACUCCAGUACCGCUCUGCCCUGGCCGCAUCCGGACCGGCUAUUGCAUCCCGCCGACUGUGACGGAAACCACCACAGCAGGGCACACGCGGUGGCGUGUUGAAGGGGUGAGUGCCACACUGACCCUGGGGGCGCCCCAUCUCACCGUCCAUAAGGCAAGCUAAUGCCCACUCCACUGCAGGCUUCCAGGGCCUGAGACUGUGGGGCUUCCUGCCACUCCCUACAAUACAGGGAUACUGUUAUUGCCUGAGGCCCUCAGGAGUACAAACUCAGGAGGGAACAACUUGUGUGCCACCUUCAAGAAGGUCCAUGUCAGUUAAUGAGGCAGCCUUAUUAGGUGGUACCCACAAGGAGAAGGGUGGGCACCAUACCGUGCAAAGGCAGACAUUCUGCAACGCUCCCUUCCUUGUACACGCCCUGCGGCUAUAUUGUAACGGCAGCCCUGCGCCCUGUAGUGGAGUACCCAUUUGACCUCUACAGUCCCUUCCUUGGCCAGCUCUACUUCAAGGCCCUACAACACUCCUGCCAUCAUCCUGCCUUAUGGAAUGGUCACACCUGGGCACUGAUCUAAUGUAGAGAACCCACACGUGAGCUCCGUGUACCGCAUUCUACCACUAUUUUGGAGACCCUACUCUAGCAACAAGUACAGCUCCUGCUAUAACGACACUACUCUUCCCAUGAUGGGAGGCAGCAAAACUCAAAAACCCAAGUCUGAUGCGGCAUCUAAACUUGAGCAAUUUGGCAGGCAGCCCUCUCAAAAUGGCUCUCAGCCGAAAGAGCCUCAACCAGAGGCUGCGGGCUCCUCAUCAGCGCAACCUGAGGCUGCGACGCAACUGCUGCUGGACGCAAUUACAGAUUGCAGGACCUCGCUGUCCUCUAAGUUGGAGGAGGUCAAAGUCGAUCUUUCGCUACUUCGGGCUGACCUGCAGAAUAUGCGGGAGAGAGUGUGUGAAACAGAAAACAGAAUCUCAGCCCUUGAGGACACCUGUGCUCCACUCCCUGCUGCAAUAACUCGCAUGGAAACUCAACUUAAAGCCUGCACGGACAAGCUGGACGACUACGAAAAUAGGCAGCGACGAAAUAAUGUACGUAUUUUGGGACUCCCAGAAAGAGCAGAGGGGAAUGACCCAGUGGCCUUUGCAGAGAAAUGGCUGAGAGACUUUCUCCCCACGGCUGCCUUCUCACCCUUCUAUGCGGUCGAAAGAGCAUCGGGUGCCAGGUAGGAGUCUCCCGCCAGGGGCACCUCCUAGGCCCUUCUUGGUUCGGCUGCUGAACUUCAGGGAUCGGGACGCCAUACUUCAGGCAGCCAGACAAAGCCCAGAUAUUUCGGUGGAAGGCAAAAAGGUAUCCAUAUACCCCGAUUAUUCUGCAGAGCUUCAAAGACAAAGAGGCACCUUUAUAGCAGUCAAGCGUCGCCUGCGGGAAGCCAAUUUGAAAUAUGGCAUGCUCUACCCAGCUAAAUUGAGGGUUCAAGCCGGAGAUAGAGCCAACUUCUUCACCUCAGCUCAAGAUGCAAGUGACUGGCUUGAUGCGAGGGGUGCUCCGUCCCCUAGAGCAAGCCCUCGCCGUCCCAACUAGACUGUUGCUGGAAGCAGCUGCUGCAGCAGGUGAGAUCAUUCUUGUUUAUACCUUUCUGACUGAUGUAGCCUCGUAUUAUCGCCUGAGCCGUAUGUAGCAGACUCCAUUUACGGGUGAUAGGGUGAGGGCAUCGCUCCACUUGUACCCACACUGUUUAGUGAUAUAUGGAUGUACCUUUCCCAUCUUGGAGUGGCACAUGGCUGGAACUUUGUGAGCCAUGACUGCGGAUUGGUUGCUACAGACUGUUCAUGCAUGUACUUUUAAGCUUUCAGAGCCACUCUUGACACCCUCUCUGUGGAAUACUCAAGAUAGGAGCCCGCUCUCUCCUUAAUGGCUAUGUGCUGAUACUACGCUAGAGCGUGUCAUACCCUAUCCACUGAAAGAUUGUCCCAUGAUAUGGCCGGUGUACGGCAGGGGGACGGUUAUACCCUGAGAUUUACACUGUCUGAGUAUUCCUGUGUGUUGUGCUUAUUGCCCGUACUGCGCUAGUGCCUGAUACGCUUGGCUACCUCAGUCGGAUCCUGCUGCAGUGAUGGAACUUAGGAUCUCCCCGACAUGCAUAUGCUAUAUUAGGUACCACGGAGACUCGGACUCUACCUCUGUACCAACGUAUAUUUUUGUUUUGAGAGUUAUUGCCAAGUGCUACCCACUCCCCUGUUGGGAUUGUUCGAAUUAAGGGAAAAUGUAUCUCCAGGUUGGGAGGAGGAUACCGGGUGGGGGGUAUAAUGUUAAUGGGUAUACCUUUUGUCUGUCUUUUUUCUCUUUUCCCUUUUCCUUUGCUUUGCUUACCUCUGUGAGGGGAGGUUUAAGGGCUAACCAUUAUUGCUGGUGGUGCGAGAUAUUGCUGUUGACUGCUAUCGAUAUCCCACGAAACUCGAAGAAUGCUCUAAUACCACCUACAAACGUCAAUCUCUUGCUGGGUGACCUCGGUCCCUUAGAACCACCCGGGCCCCAGUGGAUCAUAGUUUACCCUACUAAUAACUAUGACUCUGCAAAGUUUUAAACUACUAUCCUGGAAUGUGCGUGGGAUUAAUGAUAAAGUCAAAAGGGCACUGGUUUUAGAUACGGCCAGAAAAUCUGGGGCGGAUAUUAUCCUAUUGCAGGAGACACAUCUAGUAGGCCAGAGAGUCCGUGCUCUGAAACGGAACUGGGUUUCGGUGGCAUACCAUGCGGACUUCUCAACAUACUCCAGGGGAGUUGCUAUCCUGAUUAGAAAGUCAUUACAUUAUCAUUUUCACGCACUAACCUCGGAUAGAGGUGGCAGAUAUUUAAUUUUGAAAGCCCAAAUUGCCGGUACCAUUUAUAUCAUUGUUAAUGUCUACUUACCUCCUCCUGCAGAUAUUCAAAUACUAAAUGAAAUCCUACAAAAAGUAGCUGCAAUGGGCAACCAUCGUAUGCUAUGGGCAGGUGACUUUAACUUGGUCCCUGAUCCGGCCCUAGAUAGGCUUCACCCCUCCGCCCAUGACACCAAAACUUUUGCCCAUUGGGUGGAAGCUACUGGCCUGAUAGAUGUCUGGAGAUGGAGGCACCCCCAGGUUAAACAGUAUUCGUGUUACUCGGUGGCCUCAGCGGCAAUGUCUCGUAUCGAUAUAUGUCUAGGUACAACUGAAAUAUUGCCAUAUGUUGACUCUAGAAUACUUGACAAGGAUGUGUUCUGAUCAUGCCCCCCUAUUAUUGUGUCUGGGUGGCACCAAUCAGGUUAGAAGAGAUAAAUGGAGAUUACCCCCCAAAUGGAUAGCUAACCCACAGGUUCACGAACGUCUCUUCCCUCAGCUGACACAAUAUUGGGAAAUAAACCAAGACACUGCAGCAGACCAUAUAGUGUGGGACGCCGGUAAGGCCUUUAUACGAGGUGCAUAUAUCUCCCUUAUUAAAUUAGCACGUAGUGAGGGUGACCUGGCUCUCUCUCUGGCUCAAGACACUCUAGCUAAAGCAGAAUCAGAACUGACGCACAACGAAUCGGAUGUAACUAAACAGGCUAUGCAAUCAGCUCAGAGGGAUCUGGACUUACUACUAGUUGACAAAUACUCGCAACGGGAGCUCUAUAGAGCAGCUGUCUGGUAUGACAAGGGCGACAAAAAUGGGAAGCUGCUGGCGCUACUGGCCAGGGGAGAUGAGCCUAAGACCAUGAUACAGGCCAUUACUGAUGGAAAUGCUCUAUUUACAGACCCGACCCUAAUUACGCAACAAUUUGAGACGUACUUUCAAUCCACUUACCAAUCACCUCCCGAUACCUCAUCUGACAGGCUUAAGGAGUUCUUAACUACAAUAGACUUUCCAGAAAUUUCUCCAGAUCUAGCCACGCAAUUAGACCAAGAUAUUACCUUAGAUGAAAUUAAAGAUGCCAUAAAUGGGUUUCCUGUGGGGAAAACACCGGGUCCGGAUGGGAUUCCGAUAGAAUGGUAUAAGAAGUAUGUUGACUUUCUGGCCCCCAAACUCCUUGCUCUCUUCAAUGGCACCAUUAGGACUGGGGUACUGCCGGACUCAUGCUAUGAUGCCUUUAUUACCCUAAUACACAAGGAAGGCAAACCCCCUGAUAGAUGUGAUUCAUACAGGCCUAUCUCCCUCCUUAACUGUGACGUUAAGAUUUUUGCCAAAAUCAUUGCCAACAGACUUAAAUUGAUAGCACCUGAUUUGAUACAUCCGGACCAGACGGGCUUCAUGCCCUCUAAGGCCACGGAUAUCAAUGUGAGACGGCUCUUUACUAACCUAGCGAUUCAGCAUGACAAUCUGGGGAAUAGAAUUGUAGUGUCCCUCGAUACAGUGAAGGCCUUUGACACGGUCCAGUGGCAAUACUUAUGGGAGGUAUUAACUCAGUAUAAGUUAGGUCCUAAACUUCAGAAGUGGAUUCAGCUUCUGUAUGCACACCCGAGGGCCAAGGUAUUGGUCAAUGGACAAAUAUCCGACAGCAUUUAUCUAGGAAGGGGCACCCGCCAGGGGUGCCCUCUUUCGCCUUUGCUUUUUGCCCUGGCUAUAGAACCCCUCGCCAUUAGAAUACGGGCGAAUGAGGAUAUACAGGGCCUUUGUGUUGGUAACCUGAUUGAAAAAAUCUCGCUAUAUGCUGACGAUAUGCUUGUCUAUCUGGCCAACUCGGGUGCAGCCCUUGAAAAUCUCCUGGCAACUAUUUCUGAAUUUGGACAAUACUCCGGUCUGAAAAUAAAUCGCACUAAGUCGGUGGUGUUCCCCAUAGAUCCCCUUCCCCCGGAUUCGCCGGACACCUUACUACAACUCAAGGUUGUGAACUCAUUUAAAUACCUGGGUAUAGUGAUCCAUAAAGACCUUAAUAGAUAUGUACAACUUAAUUUAGAUCCAGUAGUGCAGACCCUGACUAACAAAGUUGCUGUAUGGCAAGACCUCCCUCUUUCUUUACCAGGCAAAAUUAAUAUGUUUAAAAUGAUCUUUUUGCCCAAAUUUCUAUAUACUCUCCACAACUCUCCCAUAACCCCUCGGGCCCAUUGGUUCACCAGACUGGACAAAAUAAUUAGGAAUUUCUUAUGGGCAGGAGAACAUCCCCGAUUAAACUUUAGGGUGUUACAGGCGCCGGCUUCUGGAGGAGGCCUAGCAUUACCUAAUCUUAAACUCUACUUCCUUGCGGCCCAGUUGGUUUAUGCCCACUGGUGGAUUGUCCCUGAUAGAAGCAACUCAGCGGUGGUGUUAGAAGCAGCGGUAUUAGGCUCCUUUGAGGCCCUUGCCAAACUCCCUUACCGAGGUGUCUCCCCAUAUCACGUGACCACUACUCCUAUGCAAACAGUGGGGAAAGCAUUUCAGAAAUCCCAAGAACUGGUUCGAGGAACCUCCACCACCUGGUCCCCCCACACCCCGCUAUGGGGUAAUAAUCACCUCCCUCAUUUACGCUCACUCCCAGACAUCGCCCGGUGGGCACAGAUUGGGAUUAAAACUCUUGGUGAUAUCGUCACGGGGGGUGACUGUAAGAGCUUUGCCACAAUCCAACAGGACUUCCACCCCCACCCGGAUAUGUUGUUUCGUUAUUUCCAAUUACGCCAUGCUUUCAACGUGCAAUUCCCAAUAAAGCCUGUGGACUUAAAGGUAUCGUCCCUUGAGACCUAUCUGCACAGGUUAGACCUACCAAAACCCCUAUCCUGGUUAUAUACGAUACUAUCUACCGCUGGUCCCUCUCCCCUUGAGAGAGUUAAGGGCAAAUGGCAAGCAGACAUUCCUGACCUGGAUGAUGAAAAAUGGAAGGACGCACUACAGCUUGUAACAGCACUAUCAAUAUCCAUGAGGGACAGGCUUAUACAAAUUAAAUUUUUAAAUAGAGUUUACUUAACCCCCUACCGCCUAGCUAAAAUAUAUGCUACGGUGUCAGACCUGUGCCCUAAGUGCAGUGUGGAACCUGGUUUUAUGUGUUUUGGUCCUGUCCAUUAAUUCAGAGUUUUUGGAGUGCAGUCCUCCAAUACUUGAAUGAAAAGCUUGCACUGCCCAGCAUUCGUUCGCCAGAAACCUGUUUGUUGGGGAUAAUAGGGGAUUUGCAGCUGCACCCGUAUACUAUAUUAUGUUAUUUACAGCUCCUGUAUUAUGCUAAGAAAGCCAUAUUAAUGCACUGGAAAUCGCUCAACCCUCCCACGUUACAAUAUUGGAAAACUCUGGUAAAUGAUUCUCUCUCGAAUCAGAAACUGACCUAUCUCUCGAGAGGAUGCCCCCCGAAAUUUGAAGCGAUUUGGGGUACUUGGUUGAAUGUGCAAGCUGGUUAACUGCCUAUACACUAAUUUAUUGGAUGUAUCAUAUUAUCCCUUACCCCCCUCCCCCCUCUCUCUCUCAACUUUCUCCCUUUUCUGUCUCUUUAUUGUUCUUAACCGUGUUAUGUUUUAAACUUUAAAUAAAAAACUUUAAAAAAAAUAAUUGUUGAAGAACACAAUAAUUAUUAUCUCAAGAUGCAGAAUACUUUUAGUAUACUUUACAACUGGAAGUUAUAUGUUAUAUAUGUUAUAUAGAACUAUGUUAUAUAGAACAGUGAGAAAAGUUCCUGUUCAUUUAGACCCUUUCUACUAGUAAGAAAUGUUCCAUAUGAUGAAUGUCUGCCAAAGUAUAAAUCUUGCAUUUGUGUGAUCCAGAUUAUUGAGCUUUCUGCAGUGGCAAUCAUGGUCGAGCCUUAUAAGAUGUCAAAUGCAUCCUAAUGCGCUGGUACAGUAUACAGUAUAUAAUUACAUACACCAGAGAAAUUCUCGUACUUAAAUUUGUGUUACAGCUUAGUUUAGAUAACGACUAAGAAUAUAACAUUUAUUUGUUGGCUAGAAUGACAAUAAAUAAAGGCAGUAAAAUAUUGAUUUGUGAUUCAGGAAUGUCAAUGAUCUGAGGCCUUUAAUUUGUAGCUGCAAUUUGAUUUCUGGUAAAAAUAGCAUUACGUUUUUUCAUGUUAUUUAAGUAAAUAUGAAUAAAAAAGGGGUGCUACAUUGCCUUUGACCAGCAAUUAUUCUCUGUUGGCGAAUGAUCAUUAAUAUUAUUAUUCAUUGCAGCAUGAUCGUUAUUACAGGUAUAGGAU